CCGCUUUUUAGUUUAAAGUUAUAAAACUGUCAGUGUCAAAUUUUGUGCAGAAAGUCGUUGGUCUUUAUGAAAUGUUUUAUAUAUUGUGAUUGCUCGAUUUCAUGCUAAAUAUCAUACAAUAUUUAAAACGUAUGUCUGAGUUGUUGUGUUUUUUAGUUCAUAUUCUUCUAUUUUAAUUUAUUUUCAAAAAUAUAAUAAAAUGGAUCGAGCGGGCCAGAGUCCCUUGAAUGUCAAUUCAGCGAAAAGCCCCUUUAGUAUUAGAUCCAGACCUUCACUUAAUUCAUCUCGAAGGAGUUUAAUUUUACCAGGAUAUAAGCAAAAGACACCAGGAUCGAAAUACAGUGUAUCAGGACGAUCUAAUCAAUCAGUGCAAAUAUUAUCUAAAACUCAAUAUAAUACUGUUGAGAGUUAUGGGCAACCAUUACCUGUUAUGGUGACUGAAGCAUUGACUUUUGCUAAUAACACUCAUCGUUACUCUGUUAAUAUAUCUAAGAUUGGAUGGGCCUGGGUUGUAUGUGGUAGAAGGUUACUAAUUUGGCAGUGGCAAGAUCCCCAAGGAAAUGAAAUUCGAACAGGUAGAAAUCGAGCAUUUGGGCAACAAUGCCGUGAGCUUACGUUACCUCAAAGUGAUUUAUCACAUAAAGCUGAUCUGGUUAACGUGUUUAUUUCUGAAAAUAAUCAGGUACCAUCUUGUAUAGCUGUAUCUCCUGAAGGCUUAGUUAGAUAUUGGCCGUCUAUCGCUCAUGAGGGUACAUCCGUUGAAGAGACUGCUGAUUUGCAGGGGCAAGAGUGUGAUUCACUUAUUAAUAUAAAUCCUCAGGGGUUUAUUCUUGCAACUACAACUUGUUCAUUGGUAUUAAUACAACCUUCUUAUAUGGGUCAUUAUGGACUGACAUGUAAGUUACUAAAAGCUCCAUCUGGUUGGUUAGGCGGCUUAGGUAGAAGAAUGAGUUCUUUAAUAUUUGGUGGUCUACAAACAUCACAAGGAAAUGAAAGUAAACUAAUAAAAGUAGUUGCUCUACCGCACAAAAAUAAAACGUGGUCAAUAUGGAUUCUUGCUUCACAUGGCUUACAAAAGUGGCUAAUAUCUAAUGAAGGAACAGAGAGACUAAUUUUUGAAUGUGAUGCUGAAAGAAUGCUUCGAGAUUGUUUUUGUGAUCGUGUAUUCGAAAAUUUUUCUGGUGACCCUAAUGAUUUAGAUAUUUGGAUGCUGGAUAUGCAACCAUAUAAAAGUGGAGUUAUGAUUUUAGCUGCUAGUGUUAACAUGCAAAGUUCUGCACGUUUGCACUAUGCGUUUGGAACUUUGUCCGGAAACGAUAAGCCUCCUAGCCAAUUGGAUUAUUUUUGUCCAAUUAAAUAUUCCUUGUUUUAUAAUGAAGACAAUGAAAGUGAAAUUUUGGGUUUUGAUUUUGUACUUAGUAAUAAUCAAGCAUAUAUGUUCAGUUCGAAAUGUGUUAUAUCUGUAACAACUAGCCACCCUAAUGAAGAAUUUGAUACAAUAGAAUUUUUGUCUCAGGGAGACCUAAUUAUGGGCGGUAAAGUUUUAAAUCAAAACACAUUAUUUUUCACUAAAAAUCAUGGUCUGGUGGUAAUAAUACCAAACGAUUUCCAACCCGGAGAUUUUGGUAACAGCUCAUUUGCUUCCGAACAAGGAUCAGUCUGUGAUUUUACUGCUCAAAAUGUAUCUUUAGUUGAGAAUACAUGUAUGCAGCCUACAAAUACUGGCAAUCUUUCAUUAUAUGAAAUCGACCCAAAUGAUAUUCUGAGCAAAAAUAAUGAUUGCCUGUCGCAGAUGAAAGCAGCUUUUUUGAUAUAUCUAAAAGAUGAUAUAAUUUCAAGUCAGAAUAUGUUGCAAGAAUUAUUUCCCAAUGAAUUAACAGAAGUUGAUAGCACUUUAGAUCGUAUGGUUAUAGGCUUGAGCAAAGACUUACUGAGUGAUCCUCCUGCUGCUGAUCCACGCUGGUCAGACAAUAAUGAAAUUGGUCUUGGCAGUUCAACAUCUAUGCAAAUAUUACAACAGUUGCAAGAUAAAUUAAAAGCAUUCAAUCUAUUUAUAAACUUUUUAAAAGGAACUAGUUUUUGGAAUAAGCUCGGCUGUAUUACUCAACGAGGAAACAUUACUGCAACAUGCUAUGCUUUAGGAGAAUAUAGCGAAAAAAUUAUAGCUGCUAUUGAAUUAAGAAAAAUUCAGAAUGAAUUCAAACAAAUAAUAGAUAAAGCAAUAGCUGUUGCUUUAAAAACCACCCAAAUUAAAAAUGGAUUGACACUUCAGGAUUUAUUCUAUGUAGAUGUGAUCAACGUACAUCUAGUCAUACAAGCACUAACACAAAAUAUUGAUGAAUUGGUGCAUUCAGAUGCAAACCAAUCACAAGUUAUAUCAUCCAUAAGAGAUACUAAUACAAUAAUUUUGACAAUUUUGCAAGCUGUAGUGAAAUAUAGGCAAGAAAAUGCUGAAAUUUAUUCAACAUCAGAUAACGAUACAAAAAGUGAAUAUUUGCCAUGGACUACAGCAAUGGGCAAACAUGGCCUGCGGGAUACGUUAACAAGUCAACAUGCCUUUACAUUGAGACACGCAGCUCGAUGUUGCGAUGGAAAUUUGAGAUCUAAGCUUUAUGAAGACCUUGUAAAUUUAGCUGAUUUGAUUUUAGAUGGACGACAAUCUCAUUUGGAAUCUACAAAGGGUACAGAAAAAUAUAGUUUACUUUUGCAACAAUAUGAAAGUCAACGAUCUGAGCUCAUUUAUCCACUUGUUGAAGAUGAGCAGUAUGAAAGGGCAAUAAGCCUUGCAGAAAAAUAUUUAGACUUUCAAAUGCUGAUCCAGAUUUGUGAAAAAACACAUAAUCAAGCACGACUCGAUGAAUACAUGGAAAAAUUUAAAGAAUAUGAUUUUUCAAAUUAUUUAUUCAAUUGGUAUAUAAGUCAAAAGAAGGGUGGAGUACUUCUCAAUCGCUUUAAAAGUAAACAAAAUGCAUUAAGUACAUUUUUGGGUGAGCACCCCACAUUAUCAUGGAUACAGCAAGCAAUGAAUGGGCAAUAUGAACAGUGCUACAACACAUUACACAAAUUGGCUUUGCAAGAAUCUGAAUUACUGACUAAGAAAAAGACCAUGUUAUCUCUAGCAAAAAUGGCAGCUCUUUGUUCUUCUGAUGACUUAUCAAAUGAAAUAGAAGACAUUUCUAAUUCAUUGCAAAUCAUUCAAUUUCAAGAAGAAUUGCCACUUUCUGUACUGACAGCUUAUGGAUAUGAUAUAAAUAAUAUGCGAGUUUUAAGUCCUCAGGAAAUUAUUCAACUUUAUAUUUGUGAAGAAAAUAUUUCAUGUACAGAGAUCCACUUUAAAAUGGCAUUAGAAUUGUUAAAAUUUGUAGAAGAUCCUUUAGAGAAAGCUGAUUUGUGUCAUGUUAUUUGGAUUGCUGCUACGCGGAGGGAUCCAUGGGAAUAUAACUCAACUGAAAAUCCGCUGGAUGCAGCUUUAUCUACAAUGUUCUUCAGAUUAAUUAAUUACUGUUUUCUAAUGGGUGAAGAUAUAGAUGAUUUUAUGCCGCCCAUUGAACAGAUCCUAGGAGCACCUGAAUUGGGAGCAUUUGGAGAAGAUAAAUCAUUUCAAUAUUUAUUGAAGUUAGGGUAUGAAAAUAUUCUUCAAACUAAUAGAGCAUCAGUCAAAUAAUUGUUUUAAAUAAAC